CUGGAAGGUGUUGCGCUCCCAGUGCCUGCAAGUGCCAGAGAAAGAGACUCAGAACGGCCAGGAACAGGGUCAGGGCCUUGCAGCUGAGACCUGGUGUGAAGGCUCCCAGGACUGGGGAAAUGACAGCAAGGAGGCGCCUCCACCACCACCCCCCUCAGACUUGGGAACUGAUUGUAACAGUGUCAGAACUGGCGACUGGGCUGCACAGCUCCAGGCUCUCCACCUGCAGGACACAGACCCAGCUGUCGCUUCCCCCUCCCCUGAAGCGCCAGGGCUGCCGGCACCUACGGAAGGGCCAGGGCUGCCGGCACCUACGGAAGUGCCAGUGCCUCAAUUCCAGCCCUACUACAUCUGUGUCGCCAACGAGGAUGACUACAGGAAACCUGCAGGUCUUGAUCACGCCCAGAGCCUUCUGCAGGACUACAAGCAGAGAGAAGGGGUUGACCUGGAGCACCUGCUUUCCCUGUGUUCUGCUGGUGAUGGGGAUGAAAAAUAUGAGAAGACUAAUAUUAGAGGUGGAGAUCAGACGUUUUACAAGUUCAUGAAGAAAAUUGCGGCCUGUCAGGAGCAGAUUCUGAGGUAUUCAUGGAGUGGAGAGCCCCUCUUUUUUACCUGUCCCACAUUGGAAGUCUCGGAGAUCCCAGCCUGCAGUGGCUGCGGAGGCCACAGGACCUUUGAGUUUCAGCUUAUGCCAGCACUGGUUAGCAUGCUCAGCAGUGCCGAUCUAAGCUCUGCACGUACAGAACUCACCUACAGGCACGGAAGGAAGGAAGGUAGAGAGUGACAACAGAGUAAGAGACCCUGAGUUUUCCUCUACCUUCAUACGCUUGCUCGGACACACAGAGAAAAGCCCAUCUAAUUAAAGCUGCCUGUACUGGGAUCAGUGUAAGUUGGUGAAUUCUUUAUGGCCAGUUCCAAGACAUAAAAGUAGGGGACGAUCA